CCACUGUCUAUAGAAGCCCAAAAUAACAACACUACAAUACUAUACUCCCAAUUCCCUCACCCUAUAGAAAAAGGUAUGAAAUGGAAUAUUACUGUUGAAAACUAGUCAAUGUAGUGGAAUACAUUUCAUUUCCCCGUCCUUAUAUUUUAUUCCUACAUCAACCUUGCUUACGCUUCUUCCCCUCCCUACUAUUAUUCCCAUCACAUUCAUCUCUUCUUCCUUCCCUGUUCCUACUCCCACCACACCUCAUUCGAAUCCUAUCAGCAUGGUGGUGUGUAGAGAGAGAUAGAGAAGGGAAGAGGAGAGAGGAUCAAUUCCUGAGAGAAGACAUGGGAGAGGUGAAAGAGAAGGUGGUGGUGGAGAUCCUUGAAGAGGAUGAAAAGAGAUCUUCGGAGAACUCUGCACCACCACCUGCUGUUCUGGACCUCAACGAGGGCUGCAGCGAGAGUAGCGACGAAGGGGAAGUCGGUGAGGAUGGCGACGACAACGAGAAGGAGGAGGACGACGAUGAUGAUGACGACGACGGUAGCACAAGUGAAGUUGCAGGAGGGGGCAGGAGUUCAAGUAACAACAGCAGCACCAACCACAAUUCCGGGAGAAACAAGGAUCACGAAAUGAACGGCAGUAUCAACGUCGAGGGCAGCGGCGAGAAGGUGCCGAUGGUGCGGCAGUACAAUCGGUCCAAGCUCCCUCGGCUCCGGUGGACUUCAGACCUCCAUAUGGCGUUCGUCCACGCCGUGGAGAGGCUGGGCGGCCAAGAGAGAGCAACCCCAAAGUUGGUGCUUCAGAUGAUGAACGUGAGGGGGCUCAGCAUUGCUCAUGUAAAAAGUCACUUGCAGAUGUACAGAAGCAAGAAGCUGGACCACGAGUCCGGCCAUGAGAGGGCAGCCAUCUCCUCCGUUUUCUCGCCCAUGGACUUCCACAUGAGGAGAGGGGACCAUCGCUUCCACGGCAUGUUCUUCCAGCGAGCUGCCGGCUCGUCGCUCUCCUCCAGGCUGCUCGAUAACGGUGGGUUCUUCGGGUCAAGAAACGCCGUCUUGCCGGAGGCCAGCCAGCUCUAUGGGCUCCUCCAACGCCCGCAGCCCACCAUGCACACAUUCGACUUCAAGAACUACAGUAGCCUCAGGAAUCGAGAGUGGGCGUUCAACCAGAACGCGGCGGCGAGGGCUGGCGCCAUCAACUACCAAAGCCCAGCGAAAGGGCUCAUCCACGAUACGAUCUUCAGGAAGGACGGCAAGCCGACGUCGCAUUUGUCCGACGUGCGGGACAACAUCGCCUCCAACCGGACGUCAUCGGCAGCUGUGGGUUCUGGCGCCGUUGACGGCGGAAGGACCGGAAGCACUGAUUGGAUGGGCAGCAGCUCCCGACCCCCCCUGUCUAGAACAAUGUCGGCAGCUGCCUUCACGGGGUUGGUGCUGGGCAAUCACCAUCUUCUGUCUACGUGGCGAGGCACCACCGCCAGCAAUGGCUACCACCCCAACGGCGACGCUAACACGACAUCGUCCGAUCCCGUGGUGACAAGUGAAGCCCUAGGUUCGCGGCUCGAGAAGCACCUUGAGCCCAAGGCUCCAACCACAGUGAUCAGCGAGAUGCGCACUAAGACCGGGGAGAAGAGGACGAAGACGUCCAUUGAGGAGAACGGCUGGACGCCGGACUUGCAACUAAGCUUGAGCCCCAACGUGGGAGCAGACGCCGACAAUGCCAAGAAGAGGAAGAGCAUAGGCGUUGCAUUAUUAAGUGAGCAGGAGGUGGACAGCGAUAGGAUGUCGCCACUCUCGCUCUCGCUGUCACUCCGGCGUGGCGAGAGCAGCGGCGGGGAUGCCGGGAGGUUAGAAGCAAGGACAGGUAGCAGCAGCAAGAAGGCCGCUCUGGGGCUGAGUACUUUGGAUCUGACCAUGUCGAUCAAGGCAUUGGAGUGAGAUCUUUCAAGUACUUGUCCCAAUGCCAUCCAAAAGUUGCACACUGCAUCAUGAGCUUAAGUAAUACGGAGUAAGACUGUUAGUUUAAUUUCACCAUGCCUCCAAACCAUAUAUAAAUACAUAUAUUAUGUUCAGUGACAUGCACUUAGCUAGGUACUGUUUCUGUCCACGUAUGCAUAGUCACAUGCAUGUUCAGUUGAGGUUUUGUCAUGGUGUCACUCCGGAGUAAAGCCACAAAUAAAAUGCAAAAAAAAAAAAAACAUUUACUUAUGAGUCGUUAGUCCUGCAAUUUCUUGUCAAAUAGUUCCUCACUUGCUACUGCACCCAUAUUCCAUUCUGUAAAAUUUAGUGUCAUUCGAUUCCGUUCUCACACUACAAGAUUAACACAUGUCCUGACGGUUAUUAUUUGCAUGUGGCCAACGGUUUUGUAAUAUUUUUUGUUAAGUAUGUACAUACUGUGGGCAACUAGUUUGUUGGCAAUUACUCCCUCCAUUCAAAAAUACAAGACAUAU